UAUGUACACGCGCGCACACCACACGUAUUCACGCUCUCCACGCAGGUCAACCGCACACGCGUUUCCCAUCGGCUCCCCCCUGCUGUACUCUGUGGAAUAGAGGAUUACUUUUUUGCCCAGAAACUGAAACACUCGCCGCACAGAUCCAGGCAUGCUCAGGUGGCGGUGUGUCAGAACGGCGUUGAAGUGUGAGAUGAACCAUGGAGCAAUGUCGAGGGGCCGCCGCCACUAGCCGUCCCGUCAGCAGGAGAAGCAGCAGCAGCAGCAGUAACCCGGGAAAGCCUCGCAGCAUGCCGCUGGGUGCCCACUAGCACCGAGUGGACCCCGGUCCCCCUCCUCUUCGCCCGGGGGCCAGGGCUGCAGAAUGCUCAGUCCUGUCACCCCAUACAGUCUGUUGAAGAUGCACUGGUCUCCGGAGCACGCCGCCUCUUUAUCUCAGUGGCCCGAGCAGCACCUGGACGUUACCUCCACCACCUCGCCGCCGUCUGCCCACAAACACGACCCGUACACCACGGCGGCCCGCCGCGGCUACGCCCCCUCAGGUUAUCCCUGGGCCAGUGACGACAUAUCAGCCCUCACUGCUUCCUCCCUGCUCAAACGCUAUGCCGAGAAGUACUCGGGCCUGGAGCUGUCUUACGACCGCCCCGCCGCGGGGGCCUACGGAGAGCCCGGGACUUUCCUGAAGUCGGAGUCCGAGCCCUGGUCGCUGGGUCAGGGCAUGGAGUGUUACCCUGGACUGGAGGCGCUCGCUGGCACCAAGGUGGGCUCCGCCGCUGUGGGGAUCCCCGCCACAGGAAGUGUAACAGUAGUUAGCAGUAACUUGACCUCUGAGCCCAUCUACAGUGGAGCCGGCUCCUGUAGCACCCCCUCGUCUCAGGAAUACCCUCCCACCUAUAACAGCACCUACCUGUCCUCAGGAUACUGCCCUCAGCCCAGCGCCGGCCUCCCGCCUGCCCCCCUGCACAGUUUGCAGUCUGCGCCGACCCUGGUGCCCAGCUACAGCACCAGCACUCCCGUGUAUAACUACCCCCCCGGAUGCUACCCCCAGACCAGCCUGUCCUCGGGGUACAGCCACCCCAGCGCUUCCUACCUCCCCUCUGGGAUCAGCGCUCCCACUCCUCUGGCCCCGAGGCCCGCCAUGGCGGGGGGCAGUUACAGCUACCCGUCCCACAGUCUCGGAGGGACCUCGGAGGCGGGGGCGCCGCUGAAACGCAAGGCCUUCGAGAUGACUGAGGACGGGCAGGAGGGGGCGGACGUGGAGGGGUCGCGCUACAGAAAGUACGGCAACGGCCACAGCAAAGGGCACGGCAACAGUCACAGCAACGGCUACGACAUGAGCGGCUCGGCCUCAGACCCGCAGGCCUACAAAUCCGGGAAGGCCCUCAUCUCGUCCCCGUACGGGGGCGCCGGGGACUACAGCCCGCCGUCAGGCCUGGCAGGAGAGGGCGUGCCAGGGGAGCACAGCUUCCCCCCACAGCAGAGAAUUCCUCUGAAGAUACCGGCAGCGCACACACGAUCCGAGGACCCCACCGGGGGGCGCUGACAGCCCCCAAAUUCUGUAUGAGAGGAUUCCCUCGUUCCUUAAAAUCAACCCGAACGGACUCGGAGAGGACGUACAUCAAUGAAACGUCAGAUUUUCACACAAGGGCGUGAGACGGGUCGCUCUUGUGCAUGUUAAAGAUUUUCUUUACGAGUGUUUUUCCAAAGAUUCACAGGGGGUGUUGGUUUCCAGUUUUGCCCUUUAAGGUUGCGGUAAGUGUGAGGAGGAAGGUCAAGGCAUUCUCUACAUAGAUAGAAUUAAGACAGUCGGAAUAUAUGAGUGUCUGUUUCUCUCAGGAUCCUAUUUAUUUCCUUCCUGCUACAGUAGCAGCAGCAGCACUACAACAUUGCUAUUUUAGGAGUUGGUGUAAUUAUUUGUGGCCAUGAUGCUUGUGAAAGGCCUUUGACUGCAAUAUGUUCUGUCAUUCAACAGAGAUAAAAUAAUUACUGACCAAAAAAAAAAAAAAAAAAGCGAAGAGAGCAAUAACUGCGAUGGCAAGGUUGUCAUAAAACUUUCAGCACAAUCACUGCGACCCAGCCGACUGUGAGGCUCAGUGCGUCACUUGGCCUUGAGAAAUUAAUGUUUUCCUGCUUUGACCUUUUUCCCUAUGCUUGAUUUUUUUUUUUCUCCUCAGUUUUAUUUGCCUCUAUUUUGCCUAACUUCUUCACCGGAGCCCCGCCUCUUCCACUCAACCUUUCUAACCUCUUUUUGUCCACUUUAUGCAUAUCAAGCUGCUCAUCAGACUUUAACUUGGCUGUAUGCAUUGAGCCGCCCCUUAGAAUAGGAUUCUUUACAUCUUAAUGCAAUUAACAAGUUGGGGAAGUAAUUGA